AUGGCCGCGCGGAGCCGCCCUUUCUUUUUGUCUUUAGGGACCACCAAUGGGGAGAGAGUUCCGGUAGAAAUCAAUGGACGUCCCGUGGAGUUUGAUUCCCCGGGUUUUAAAGGUUUGUUCCAUGUCAUCCACGACACAGGCAACGAGCCUGGCAACGUCAAGCCGGAGCACACGCAUGGCCCAAGGAAAGGUUUGAUUGUACAGUUUCAAGGCAAAUUUAAACAUAAUGCAACAAUGGGGCAAGAAAAUUCCACCAACAUUUGGGCUGGUGGAACGCUGGACGGCGAGCUCAACCUGGGUUGGAUCAUGUCGAAUGUGGUUUCAGUGGGCGCAAAAUUUGCGAAGAAAAAAACUGGAGGCCGCUUCGUGAUUGACUUGGGCAGCAAGACUUCCCCUUGCCAGAUGGGAUUUCACAUUCGGGCCCUCAUGUGCUUUGUCCGAACGCCUGAUGGAGAAGAGCCACCUCAACUAGGAAGCGAGGAAGUGGAAAACAUCGCCUGGGCUGGGCCAGGCCUGUUGGAGGUGGAUACGACCAGCACAUACACAUUCAUUUGGAGGGUGGCUUACCUUGACCUUUGCACGUGGGAGUUGCUGAAAGUGCCGGCAAUAAGCCCUCUUCCCUUAGAGAGCGUCCUCGGAGAGAUCAAGUCUGGGUGUGCUUUCAUCUACGAUCUCGGUCGAUGCGGUGGCGAACAUCCAAACUGGAGGGACAGCUUGAUUUUGCAGAUAUUCUUUGCAAGGGGUUCUGAAGGGGAUGACUGGCAAAUUGAUAAGAAACAGUCUGCAGAUGUUCCAGCCGGGCUUGAUGACGAAUCGCCGAAAACUGUUCUGGAAGUGGCAUCCGAUGCUUCUGAGGAGGGGUCUGCCGCUGGAUCAGACGUUCAAGAGCUGCUGGUGGCAGACGACCAGAGUGAUUCAGAAACAACGCAAGAUUCGCUUGAUGAGGAUGCAAUAUACGACCAGGACGAGGAUGAGAUGCGUGCUUUGAGCAAAAGCCAUUCCGCAGCAUUGCUGCAGAUUGAGAGUUGGCGGUACACCUGCUGUGCAGUCAAAACGCUGGAACAGUUCCGCCACGUCGUGUCUGCCCAGCUAGAGGAAGAGUCCAAGCUCAGGAAUGUGGUGGUUCGCGCAGCUGUUACUGGCACCAUGACCCCUGAGCAGACCGAUGCAUCUGUGGAAGGGAGCCCACGUCUAGAUGCUGGCCAUAUGAGCAGCCCUGCCAGAUUAGCCAACAAAGUCCGACGUCGAACGCUGGGACAGCGACGACGGGUGCAAUUGAUGCCACCGCGCUUUUUCGUUGCCGCGGACAGCGUGGUUUGUGGGCUUGCUUUUGCGCAUGCCCGGCAAGGACGAGCAAGCGUGAUUCAGGAGGCCUUGGUCGGGUCGGUGCAUUUUGAAGGGCGAAUUUGUGAAGAGCUGCUCCGGCUAUCUUCGGAUGGAUUCCUUCGCUGCUUCACUCCGUAUGACUGUGAGAAGCCACGGAUCAGUGUGCACGCUGGGGAGAUUCUGCAGAUUGAAGCCCUGCCUGGGCCAUGUCUGGGCAGAUUUAUGCUUUGGCAAGUCCACACAUUUCUGCGAGUGUUCGUGUUCUGCUGUGCAGAUUCAGCGGAGAGGGAGCAAUGGAUGUCCAACUUGAGCCGCAUGGUGGCGCAGGUUGGUUGUGAUACACCACAUGUCGAGACGAAUCCCAAGGAUUCCAAGUCAUCCCCUGAGCCUGGCUCACCGAGAGAGCCAUCACAGGAGCCGCCGUCACCAAAGACACCCGCGACCUGGAAGAGCGGAAGGUCCAAUCCAGUCGAUGUCUUUAGCUUCUCCAUCGCAAAGAAAGCCGCUGGCAGAGUUGCAGGUGGAGCGAGAAACGGUCUGCGAGCAAUCACAGGCGGACAAAGAGUCCCAAGCAAAGAAGCCAUGCUGCUCAUGGACUCUACUCGAGCUCGUCGGUGGGGGCACAGGCGGCGCCUGGUACUGAAUGAUCGGAUCCUGGCAAGUUUGCCCGAGAAGCCACUGGCACCUGACUUCUCAGCGUGUCUUUUGGAGAAGGCAAUAAGUCUGGGGGCAGAACCAGCAGCAGCUGACGUCACGUCUUUUCUGGAUGCAACAUGCCUCUUCAAGGCAGCCAGCUUCCAAGACUGGACGGAUGCAGAGUUGUUGGCAUUCUGGAUCAACACCUACCACUGCCUCCUCUUGCAUGGUCUGCUAAUAUUUGGCGCUCCACAGACAAAGUCGGAGCUGAACAACUUCCGCAACAGAGUGAGUUACUUGAUAGGAUCGAGGCCGAUGAGUCUGCGCGAGAUCGAAAGCGCAAUGCUCAGAAUGCCCAAAAGUGAUCCACAGGCUGCUCACCAAGCUCGGGUUCGAGCCCGGCAGCUCCUUGGCUUUUGCGGCCUUUGCCGAGGCAGGCCAGUGGCCUCACAUCCAAACUCGCCCAUCAGCCCGGGAAACCAGAAGCUGCAGCCCAAGGGAACUGCCCCAAUGUGCUUGCCCAAGAUGCCACUGCCUAAAGGCCCGUGGACGUAUGACAAGAUGCAGGCCUGCCUGUACAUUGGAAGCUCUCCCGAAAUCUGGCUGCCACCCAAGCAAGACCUACGAGUCGUGCUAACCCUCAACCGUGGCACGUUGAGCUCCUUGUCUGCCAUCCCAAUCAUACAGGCUGGUGCCAUUGACAUGCAGCUCAACGAACUGGCGCAUCAGUUUGUCAGCACUUUCGUGGAAGUGCAGCUUCGUGACGGUAUGCCACAAAAGGUGACUUUGCCAGUCUGGUGCCGUGCACUUCUACAAGAGUUCAGGCAUGACGAAGCGCAGUUGUUGGCUUUCAUAUGGAAGUUCAUGUCCAAGGAAGCGCCGCAGUUGCCCGAAAAGAAGGUCCAGCUCAAAUUCAAAAAGUUUCCUCAGGAAUCUCGCCAACGCGCGCAAUUCUUCAAGGCUAUUCUUGGCGCCCAAGAGGCAAAGCCAACUUUAGCCUUUGAUGCUCUUGACAGCGCUGCGAAGGCGAGCUCUGUGAGCCUACUGCAGGAGACGCACCGUCGCUUGCCAUCUGCUUUGGAUACGAUUCUAUGCAGUUCUACUCUUGACUCUUGUGGCAAAGCGUCUGCAUGGGACCAAAUGCUGGACGUCCUGGACAGCAUCCAGCGCCACAGCCUGCAGAGAAAUAUCCAUGCUGAUGGGCUCCAGCUUUUGGACACGAGCUUUAUUGCUUUGCUCAGUGCUUUUACGUCGCCUACGUGGAAACAGGCCCUCCAGUGGCAUAGCCUCGCGGGCCAAGAAGGAUUCAGAGGUGAUGCUGCCAUCACAAAUUGCGCCAUUGCUGCCUGUGCAGCUGCAUCAUCCUGGCAACUAUGCAUGCAGCUGCUUCGGGUCACUGCGGAUAUCUAUGGUUGGACAGCUGCUAUGUCUGGCAGCAGUUGCUCUGGUGGAUGGGAGGGGGCUCUGCAAAUGCUAGCUGGAGCUUGCCAUUCCGAAUUGGAGCCCACAUCGGUGACCUUCAAUGCGCUAGCAGGAGCCGGCUCAGAUGUGGACACCAACUGCAUGUUUCCUUGGCUCACUUCAUUGACUUUUCUGAAGAGAUGCCAAGCCGAUGUGAAGACUUGCAGCUCUUUAAUGGCUGGUGUUACGCGUGCUCACAACUGGCGCCAGGCCUGCAGUGGGCGAGAGCAUUGCGAGACGCUGCGGCAGUGGUGA